CAGCAGUUGAGGGGGUAAAGUGCCCGCUGAGAGCCUCGGCGCUUGACUUUGGGCCCUUGACCACCACCAGCGCCAAAACCAACAAUAUGAAAGUCACAAUUCAACUGGAUCGAUCGCUUGGCGAUCAUGAUCAACCGUUCGCUAGUACUGAUAGCGUGUGCGGAUUCGUUAAUCUUGAUCUACCGCAUGAAGAUGACGUUACAAGGAUCACGGUGGAACUUUCAGGUGUUCUCUUUAGCAGCGUAGUGGCAACAGCAAUCAAUCCUCUAGCAAGCACGGAACAUGCUUCUGAUAAACAUAAGCUUUUGUAUCUCUGCCAUACUUUAUUUCCUCCCCCUGAUAUCCACACAUCCCCCAAAGGGUUUUCCUUACGGAAAGGAGCCAAGACAUUCCCCUUCCAAUUUUGCAUUCCUAUACUAUCUGCUUGUGAUGACGAUAAAAUCACCAUCACGCACCUCAACGCCACACUUCCUCCAUCGUUCAGUGUCACCGGCCCAAAUAAGCGGGCUAUCAGCGAAAUGAAGUACUGGCUAAAAGUGACGGUCGAACGUCCUGGGGGGUUCAAGUCAGAUAUCAUAGAGGAGCAAGAGCUGAAGUUUAUGCCCCUGGAUCCAUCUCUACCCCCUCCCAUGCUGGAGCCGAAGGGUAGAAAAAAUAGCAGAAAUAUCCUCCCCGAAACAACCUCGCCUGGUGCAUCUCUGCCGCGCUCUGCAUCGCAGCAUUGGGAUCAACAUAAAGUUGCACUCGAAGUGACUUUGCCGUCGCCAGCCAUCAUUCACGCAACACGUUCACUGCCUUUCCAGAUCUUUGUUUUCGCGAACGAGACAUCGGCACACUCACCCCCUCCAGCAAUACUCGGCACCCUUUCUGUGACCCUUCUCACGGAGCUCACUGUAAUUGUUGGACCUAAUUCGACCACUUGGACAACUCAUCACCCACUUCUCAGCCUCACUGAACUUCGAAUCGUAAUCCGUGGGUUGAUUCAGCCCCCGGGAGCACUGUGUGGUGGUCUUUGGAGGGACUGUAUUGUUCCGGAUCUGACACCUAGCUUUACGACAUGUACUCAUAUGCAACAACAUUUCAUUGUGGUGACUGCUGGAAUCUCACGCGGCCACGCUGGACGGAUACAGAUUAUCAAGGCAACGAUCAAUGUAGACCUUCAUUCGGGUAUCAAGCCUGCCCCUCAUUCGACAAAUCUGAGUGAGUUUGAGCAAUUGCCAUAUAUACCUUGGCGGGUGGGGCAUUUGGGGAUAUCGCGGCAAGCGCGUUCCACGUCGGGGAGCGCAGCACCACCAGCAUAUUGCUAAACAGUGUGGGCUCCGAUAAGCUCGAUAAGCGACGAUUAGAUAAUCGCGCUAAUUUUUCGAUAAUUAUCGAACUAAGGCCUUGGCAAUACUACAGGGCCACUACAGGGCCACUACAGGGCCAAUGCGCUAUAUUUAUAGGCCUCAUGCCACCUUUUCUUUACUAUAGCAGAAUUCCGAUUUAGUAAAGGCGGUAUAAGGCCUAUAAAUAUAGCGCAUUAGCCCUAUAGUAGCCCUAUAGUACUACUAAGGCCCUGGACCCACUAUUAUUAAUAGAUUUAGUACUAUAAAGGCGGUCUAAGGCCUAUAAAUAUAGCGUAUUGGCCCUAUAGUAUUGCCAAGGCCCUGGAACCCACUAUUAUUAAUGGAAUUAUUAAUGGGCUCGCUUAAUGGCUGGCUGGGCCC